AUGGAUGAUGUUUACGGAAGAAUAGAGGUCUUCCCGCAGCACUUCACGCCCAAGAAAGAGCCCAUGGACGCUGCCGAUGGUCUGUCCACAAGUAAGAGCAACAUGGAUCCCUCACCAAGUCCGCGUAGGCGUACUUGGACCCCGAAACGAGUCAAGGGAGCUUCGUCGCUUCUGCAACUCUUGUCUAUCCCUCGCAUUAGGUGGUCUUCCAGCAACGAGGAUGACGACAAGAUCGAGUUGACCAGAGCUGAAGUAGAAUCAUUACGAAGCGAAAUCGCCGAUGCCGAUGAAAGGGAGUCCCAGCUAAAAGCCCGGUUAGAAAAUAUUGAUGAAGUCUUGAGAUACGCACGCCUUUCCGGGUACCUCCAUAUCAGAAGUAGAUGGACUCAGCUUCCUGGGGAGCCACCUAUCAUAGACGACGCCGAUGUCGAUGACUGGCUUCCUCGCUUUGUUGUCCUACAAGGACAGUGUUUAUACUACUAUCUGAAGUCUACAGACCUGAGCCCACAGGAAUCGACGCUGCUGCGCGACGUGGUGGAGGUAGGGCAGCUCCCCAACUUUGUGCCGGAGGACGGGAAGACGAGAUACGCCUUCUUCAUACUGACCCGGCAGGGCCUGAGGUUCGAGUGCUCGAGCAGCUGCGAGAUACAGGUGGAUUCGUGGGUAAGGGCCGUAAAAAGCGACUGCAAACUGGCAGAAGCAGGCGGCGAGGCGAAGAGCAAGACGAGCGGGGGAUGGUGA